UGUCACCACCAAACAAGACCAAAUAAUACAGCUGAAGAAUUCAAACUCUUACACUGACAACCACUCAGAAAUGGCAAACACAGGGCUUGGUGUGCCAGUCAAGCUACUCCAUGAGUCCUUAGGACAUAUCGUUACCGUAGAACUCAAGACAGGCCAACUUUAUCGUGGAAAACUCGCUGAAGCCGAAGAUAACUUGAACAUCUCACUCAGAGAUAUAACAGUGACAGGACGAGAUGGCCGUGUAUCACAACUAGAUCAGGUAUAUAUUAGGGGAAGUAUGGUCAGAUUCUUCAUUGUGCCGGAUAUGCUGCAGAAUGCCCCCAUGUUCAAGAGAGUUGGUCCAAAUGCUAUGCGUGGAAGAGGUAUUGGUACUGCACGUGGUCGCGCAACUAUUAUGAGAGGUCCGUUCUUGUGUUUUUCUGUGUCUUAUGAUUCACUGACUGAACAAACUCUUUAGCAAACGGUAUGGUUAAUUUUUUUUCUUCUGGAAUCUGUGAUCUGAUUGAAACUGAUAGCUCGUCGGGGACGUGGCGUCCCUGCCCCAAGAGGCAUCAGGAGGUGAUGUGAUGACGUUCCUGCGACUGCGGUAAAAAUGUA